CACAAAACUCCAAUACCGUCAACAACAAUAACAACAACCAGAAGGAAAAACCUUUUUCCCAUGCUCUCUCCCACUCCACUCCCUCAUCCUUCCUCCCUCUCCCCUCCUCCUCCUCCUCCUCCUCCUCCUCCUCCUAAGAGAGAAGACCACUACUGUUAUUGAUAUUAGCGGGAGAGAAGAAAGAAGGAGGAGAGGAAAAUGUUUGGAAGAGAUCCAUGGGGUGGCCCGCUGGAGAUUUCGAAUGAGUCGGCGACCGACGAUGACCGGAGCCGGAACCUGCAGGACGUGGACCGGGCGGCGCUCUCGCGGCCCCUCGAUGAGACCCAGCAGAGCUGGCUCCUUGCCGGCCCCGGCGAUACCAGCAACAAGAAGAAGCGCUACAUCGACCUCGGCUGCAUGGUCGUCAGCCGCAAGCACUUUCUCUGGACGGUCGGCUCCGUUCUCGGCGUCGGCUUCCUCAUCGGCCUUAUAAUGUUGAUCGUGAAGACGGUGCCGCACCACCACCCGCCGCCGCCGCCGGCCGACGAGUACACCAAGGCCCUCCACAAGGCCCUCAUGUUCUUCAAUGCCCAGCGAUCUGGCCCGAUUCGGAAGCACAACAAUGUGAGUUGGAGGGGGAAUUCUGGCAUGAGAGAUGGACUUUCCGACAAUGCAGCUAGAAAGAAUCUGGUGGGAGGGUACUACGAUGCCGGCGAUGCGAUUAAGUUCAACUUCCCCAUGUCCUUUUCAAUGACACUGUUAAGUUGGAGUGUGAUUGAGUACAGUGCCAAGUAUGAGGCUGCCGGCGAGCUCAAUCAUGUCAAGGACAUCAUCAAGUGGGGCACUGACUACUUCCUGAAGACCUUUAAUUCCUCCGCCGACACCAUCGACAGGAUCGCUGCCCAGGUUGGACUAGGGGAUACUUCGAAGGGACCGAGUGCUAAUGACCAUUACUGCUGGGUGAGACCAGAAGACAUCGAUUAUCCUCGGCCAGUGUAUGAGUGUCAUAGCUGCUCCGAUCUUGCUGCCGAGAUGGCAGCUGCCCUGGCUGCGGCAUCCAUUGUGUUCAAGGACAGCAAGACCUACUCGGAGAAGCUUGUCCACGGUGCAAAGACACUCUUCAAGUAUGGGAGAGAACAAAGGGGUAGAUAUAGCCCGGCAGGUUCUGAUCCUUCACUGUUCUAUAACUCUACCAGCUACUGGGAUGAGUUUGUAUGGGGUGGCGCAUGGUUGUAUUAUGCCACGGGUAACACUUCCUACCUUCAACUGUCUACUAAUCCCGGUAUUGCGAAACAUGCCGGUGCCUUCUGGGGUGGUCCAGAUUAUGGAGUAUUUAGUUGGGACAACAAGCUUAUGGGUGCUCAGGUUCUUCUGAGUAGGUUGAGACUGUUCCUGAGUCCAGGGUAUCCUUAUGAAGAAAUAUUGAGGACAUUCCACAACCAGACUAGCACUGUCAUGUGCUCAUAUUUACCAUUUUUCAGAUCUUUUAACCGAACAAAAGGAGGCCUGAUACAACUAAACCAUGGAAGGCCACAACCCCUUCAGUAUGUUGUCAAUGCAGCUUUUCUUGCUUCAGUAUAUGCUGAUUAUCUUGAUGCUGCAGAUACACCAGGAUGGUAUUGCGGGCCUAAUUUCUACUCUACGGAUAUCCUACGUAAUUUUGCCAAGACUCAGAUUGAUUACAUUCUAGGCAAUAAUCCACAGAAGAUGAGCUAUGUUGUUGGAUAUGGUAAACGUUAUCCUAAACAUGUUCAUCACCGAGGCGCAUCAAUUCCCAAGAAUGGUGUCAGGUAUAGCUGCAAAGGAGGGUGGAAGUGGAGGGAUACUAAAAGGCCAAACCCUAACACUCUUGUAGGGGCAAUGGUUGCUGGACCUGACAAGCAUGAUGGGUUCCACGAUGUUCGUACUAAUUAUAAUUACACAGAGCCUACACUUGCAGGGAAUGCUGGUUUGGUUUUUGCAUUGGUUUCUUUGUCGGGAGUAAAGACUGGAGUUGAUAAGAAUACUAUCUUCUCUGCAGUCCCACCCAUGUUCCCAACUCCCCCACCACCACCUUCAGCUUGGAAACCAUGAGAAUGAUAAGCACUUGUAAUUCAUUUAUAUUUUCGAAGUUUAAUGAGCAUAAACUGCUAGUUUAAUACACUGGUGGACUCUGAACGGAUACCAAGAGAUAAAACAAAAGCCGACAAACUAUUAAAGAACUUUGGCAUUUCCUUUUCUCCACUGUACUUGGAAAUCUUCUAUAUGUUGUGUUUCUUCAGAGAGAACUUGUAUUUUGUAUAAAACAAAAGAGGGGAAACAUUCUUUCUGGUUAAACCUUUGUGUUUUUCUUGGUGUGUUUGUAUUUUAUAAUACGAAUGUCAUAUUUGUAAAUCCUUCCGUCA